AUGAUCCUUUUUAUUGAUAUGUGGCGCUUCUCAAAAAAAGCCCACUUUAUCCCAUGCGCCAAGGGACUAGAUGCCCGAGACGUAAUCGACCUAUUAUACCGGUUCAUCUUCGCCUAUCAUGUGUUCCCAAAAUCGAUCAUAUCUGACCGAGACACACGUUUAAUGGCCAAACUAUUCCGUGAUUUUACGGAACGCCCUGGGAUCAAGCUUACCAUAUCAUCAUCCAAUCACCCUCAGACCGAUGACCAGUCUGAGCGCGAGACCCUGAACCGCCUCCUACGAACGUAUACGAACUCCGACCACGCACUAUGGGACGAGAUCGAGAAUGUGUAUAGCUCCACACCAUCUCAAUCCUCUAGAUUGACCCUCUUCGAAGUGCACUGCGGCUAUAUUCCCAGCAAGAUCCUUCGAAGCAGUGGCACUGACCAGGCACUUGAAAAUUAUCAUCACCCUAAGCCAAGGAUGCCCUUGCAACCGCUUAACAGCGCCAAGAAACGAAUCACAAGAGGGGGAGGAAGGAAAUUGAGUUUGGAUUAG